CCGACCGCAACCCUCGCCCAGCCGUUUUCGGCCGUCGCCCUGUACAAAGCUGCUUUCUUGUACAUAUUUCAAAUCGACCCUCUACGACUGCUCCGUAUCUGCUUCCUUACCUCGUACAUUCGCCAGCGAUUGCAUGGAUAGCAACUAGCCACCAUGUCUACAACCUCCUCGGCGCCUGCGCCUUCGAACACGGGCAGCGGCAACAAUUCGAGUGGCCCCACCAGCUCCCCGCUGCUCUUUUUCGUCGCUCUUGGCUUCGGUGUUGUGUUUACGAAUCUAUGGAUUAUCGUCGGUGUUAAGUACUGCUUCAGAUAUAACCAGCGCAAUCGAGCCGCACGGGCUGCUGCCGAUGGAGAACCGAUAGACUUGCCGGCCAUGACCCGCCCGCAUCGCCGGAGGAGAGAAAAGAAGCUGAUGUCGAUGGAGGAGGUGAACGAGCGAUUUCCUCUCACCAAGUACAAGGCUUGGAGAUAUUCGCGCGAGAAUGAGGGACUGCCUGCUGCUGGUGGCAUUGCAACUGCUCCUAGCAGACCUGCAAGUGUCAAAAACGUAGAUUCAGCGAACAAAUCAUCCGGCGAAUCUCGACGUUCGACAGAGAGCACUCGACCUACCACGGCUCUGGACAUCGCCCGUGAAGAUCUAGCCGCACCUACCGCGUCAAGCCUUCCAGUCCCAUCGCCCAAGAUCGAACUAGUGGUCGCUGAAAGCGCAUCCGCCCGAGAAGUCAAAGAGAAGGAAGGGGAGAAGGCUCCUACCGAAAAGACCGGCGAUCUCACGGAGGCGAAGACGGUUGAUAGCACUACUCCAGAAGUGUCCAGCGAAGGCUCAAAGCCUACUGACCACGACGACGCUGACGAUUCUGACGACGAUGAUCCAAUCCGUACUGCCACUGCCCCCGAGCUUCUCCCAGAGCCAGGUGACACGUGUGCCAUCUGCCUGGAUACCCUCGAGGAUGACGACGAUGUACGAGGCUUGACUUGCGGCCACGCUUUCCAUGCUAGCUGUGUCGACCCAUGGUUGACUAGCCGUCGUGCUUGCUGCCCGCUGUGCAAGCACGAUUACUACGUGCCGAAGCCGAAGCCUGAAGGAGAGGCACCAGAGGCUACCACCGCCGCGCGUCGUGCCGCUGGUAUGGGUGGACUACGUUUGCCUACGUCGCCAGCAGCAACCUGGAUGGGGCACCGCGGCCAGUUCUCCCGAUCGCGUGUUGUGUUCAUUGCGAGUAAUCGGGACCACCAACCUGCUCCUACAGGUGCACUAAUGAAUAUGCACAACAACCGUCCCGGUCGCCCCAAUCGCGGAGCCGAUGACGCUACACCAGCGAGACCUCAAGUAACCCAGAAUCCAAGCUGGCGAACGAGACUGCAUGCUAUGAGGAUUGCCAAUCGUCCUUCUUUGCCAAAUCCCUUUUCGAGAAACCGCAACAAUGCCACUACUGAGUCUACCAAUGAAGCUGUACCGCAGACAGAAACCCAACCCACCCCGGCUCAGCUAGAAGCUGGAACUCGAUAGUCUCACCGUCUCUCUUCUACCAUAUCUUCUUGAAGUUGUCAGAAGCUUGAAUUUUCCACGCUUCAUACCUCUGGAGUCAUGCGCUAUAUCUUGGAGAUUCUCAAACAUUUUGAAUCCUCAUUUUAGUCCAUACUUUGCAUCUCCCUUGGGCGCACUAGCUGCCCCUAUCAGCACACUAUCACCGCGGUUGCCUGGCGUCGUUCUGGUAACCGCAACCUCUCACGACCGUCCCCAUGCCCCUGAACGAAAUAACUCUCC